AAUCCGCUGUGGGGCACCUCGUCUCCAGACUCCCGAAGGUCCAUCAUGAUGAGGCAGACCGUUCUCGUGCUUGCGCUCGCAGCCUGCGUUCUUGCGGCUGAGCUGCCCAUCCGCCGUCUCCCACACAGCGGGCCCCACAGGAGUUUCGGCCUGAAGCACGGCCGCAUCGUCGGUGGUGCAGAUGCCACCCUGGGCCAGUUCCCGUACCAGGUGUCGCUGCAGUGGGUGCUGCUGGGCAUCGCGUCGCACACGUGCGGUGCCUCCGUCGUCAGCGCCAACGCUCUCGUCACCGCAGGCCACUGCGCCGACCCGCUGUUCCUCGGACACUACGAGGCCGUCGCCGGUAUCAACUCCCUGAGCAGUGACUCGUCCAUCGAGCAGAGGAGCCAGGUCUCCGAGCAGAUUGUGCACCCGGACUACGAGAUGGUGGGCACUGUCGCCAUCAACGACAUCGCCGUCUUCCUGCUGCAGUCCAGCCUGUCUCUGAGUGACAACGUGCAGGCCAUCUCGCUGCCCACCGCUGGAUCCGUCCCCACUGCUGGAUCGUCUGCGAUCCUGUCAGGCUGGGGUAGCACCAGCACUGGAAUCCUGCCCCACGUGCCCGACAUCCUGCAGUGGGUCGAAGUCAGCAUCGUCAGCAACACGGAGUGCGAAGAGCUGCUGGGCGACAGCGAGCUCAACGACGACAACAUCUGCACCGGGCCCGUGACCGGCGGCAUCUCCGCCUGCUCGGGAGACUCCGGCGGCCCACUGGCCCAGGACGGUGCCCUCAUCGGAGUCGUGUCCUGGGGAAUCAUCCCCUGCGGUUCUGUCGGAGCGCCUUCCGUCUUCACCAGGGUGUCUUCCUUCACAGACUUCGUCAGCCAGUACGUUUAAACCAUUCACGAUGGGACCUGUGAACUUGAUUGAUUAACGCAUAAUAAAAA